AUUUGGUUAUCACUGGUCGCUGAUUGGUGUCUGUCGUUAUCGCAUCACCUCACUGCCGCCUAUAAAACAGAAGUAGUGCCGGAGAAAAGUACACUUAACUGAGGAAGCAAACACUUCUCCUACAGCUCCACCUCCUUCUGGUGUUCACUCACUCACGACCUAUACAAUGGCCGGCAUCACCUCACGCUUCGUGGCCCGCACCCUCACCUCCAUCCAUACUACCCCAUCACUGCGCUCCUCUACCAGGGCGAUAUCGAGCUUCAAAGGGCUACAGAGCCUUGCCCAGCCAGGGAGGCUUCCGGCAGAGGAGGUGGAAGAGGUUAGCUUCGUGAGGCAACAUUUGGAUGCACUCUCCUUCUGGCACGAAGAGUCAGAGAAAAUGGCACAGGCAAGGCUCACUCCAUCCAGUGAAACCAACGACAUCCAGGAGAAGCUGAGAGAGCAAGUGGUGGAGCUUUUGGAGGAAUUGGUGGAGACUGGUGUGAUGGACGCCCGCACCGGCUGGCUUGCUGAGUCUCACGCAUGAAGGACGAAUCUCGUAGCUUCGUCCUAGCCAUCCCUUCUCGUCCACUUUCCCCUCUCCCUUUUGUCCAGUGCCGUCCUGUAUCGUCUUGACUAUCAACAUUUUCUUAUUUCCAUGUGAUUUAUGUUAUUUGUAAUCGACAAAGGGACAAAAUGUCCCAGCUAACCAAGACAUAUGAGCAUACGUAUACUACAUAUAUGUAUAUAUCUUAUAGCCUUUGAUUAGUCUGAGGUAAGACAGAAGUGGCGCAGGGAUCAAACCUGCGUUAAGACGAAUGUUUGUAAAACUUGAUGUAAAAGCGAUGGACUGAAUUAUGAUGACAAUAAAGAUUUUUUUCA